UCCAAAAAAACAAGUUAAAGGCAGGGAAACAUCUGAUUGCGAUGAUGUCCCAAUGAAAGUCAGUUCUUUCGAAAAAUUGGUUGAAUCGGAUUUCACUGAAACAUCAUCCGUUUGCGAUAAUUUUCCAGUUGAAUAUAUAGAAGAAGUGAAUUGCAACAAAUACAAAACAAACCGCCAGAUAAUCAGACAGGUAUAAGAACAUUAUAAAUGUCAUAAUUUCAUUCAUUAUACUUUAUAUUACAUUAAUUCUUUCAGAUAGUAAACAAAAUAUGUUGACGGAGAUUUUAGGAGAAGUGCGCACGCUAAAACAGCAAAUCGGCAGACUAACAGAGGAAGUGAUAACCGUAAGAAAUGAAGUGCGUCAGUUAAAAUUAAUUUAUUCUGAGGAAAUUAAAACCAAUUUAGUGCCACCUUUACCCAUAAAAACUGUAAAACAGUUGGAAGAAUUACAUAAACAAAUAGAAGAGAACGUGGAUAUUGUAGCUCAAUUGAAAUACGUUAUUGGUAAAGUGGGUGGCGACAGCUCCAACUCGUUUGUCAGGAAUGCAAUUAAAAAAAUGCUGAGCGAUGAUGUGGCUGCAAAAUUGAGUUGGCGUGGAACGAACAGUAAGCCCAGUAUUCAGGAAUUCAAUAUAACGAAAAUUAUAACAAGUGCCAUUCAAAAUUUCCGAAAGCUGAUGAUGCAGGUAUAAAUAAGGUAUUACAACAACAUUUUGUUCAUGCUGGUGACCGUCUCAGAAAGAGUGACCGAACCAAAAAGAUUGAUGAAGCCAAGAAAAUUGAC